GAGAUGUGACCGGAGCUGAUUGCCCAUGCGCGCUCCCGGGACCCUGGCGCCCAGCUGCCCCUCGCUGCCGGGGCUGCUGCCCCCGCUGAUACUUCUGCUGGUCGCUUCGGGACAGGCAGUUCCUUGUGUCUCUGGUGGUUUGCCUAAACCUACAAAUAUCACCUUCUUAUCUAUCAACAUGAAGAAUGUCCUGCAUUGGAAUCCACCAGAGGGUCUACGUGGAGUUGAAGUCACAUACACUGUGCAGUAUUUCAUAUAUGGGCAGAAGCAGUGGCUGGGUGCUUCUGAAUGUAGAAGCAUCAGCAGGACCUACUGUGAUCUUUCUGCUGAGACCUCAGACUAUGAGCAUCAGUACUACGCCAAGGUGAAGGCCAUUUGGGAAACCAAAUGUUCUGAAUGGGCUGAAACCAGACGGUUCUAUCCAUUCUUAGAAACACAAGUUGGUCCACCAAAGGUUGCCCUGACAGCUGGUGAGAAGUCCAUCUCUAUUGUCCUGACAGCACCAAAGAAGUGGCAAAGGCAUCCCAACGACGACACUGUUUCUAUGCAGCAAAUAUACUCCAGUCUGAAGUACAACGUGUUCCUGUACAACACUAAGUCAAGAAGAAUGUGGUCCCAAUGCAUCGCCAACAGCACACUUGAGCUCAGCUGGCUGGAACCGAACACUCUGUAUUGUGUCCAUGUGGAGUCGUUUGUCCCAGGGCCCCCCCGCCUCACUCUGCCAUCUCAGAAGCAAUGCAUCAGUACUUUGGAAGAUCAAAUGUCAGCAUUGAAGGUUAAGGUCAUCCUCUGGUAUGUCUUGCCUACAUCUGUUAUCGUCUUUCUUUUUUCUGUGAUGGGCUACUCAGUUUAUCGUUACAUCCGCGUUGGCAAAGAAAAACAACCAUCGAAUUUGAUUUUGAUUUAUGGAGAUGAAAUUAAAAGAUUCUUCGAGCCUACCGAAACAAUUACACUUAAUUUUAUCACCCUCAAUAUGUUGGAUGAUUCUGAAAUUUCUCAAAAAGAUAUGAGCUUACUGGAAAAAAGCAGCGACAGCUCCUGCCUUAAUGACCCUGAGCUCAGUGGGAGCCGGCAUCCCCCUCUGGAGGAGGUGGAGGGGCCAUGCUUAGGAUACUCUUCGCCUUUGAUGGACACUGUCAGUGAUACUGAGCAAAGCAACCACAAUGCUUGCCUAAGCUGGCAAGAAUGGCUCAGAAACACCACGCCCACGGGGGCGUCAGACAAUGACCCUGAGUACAGUGUCCCAGCUGAUCUCUACGGGGAGGCUGAAGACCACCAGCUCUGUGGGCAGGAAGAGGCAUCCAGAACAGGGACAUUAUCUGAGCCACAGGAAGCUUUAGCAAACUUAGGCCUACCUCUUGAAGGCCUACAUCACCUGGGACAGGGGCAUCCUGGCUCAGAAGAGGGGCCAGAGGAAGAGCCAUCCACAACACUAGUGGAUUGGGAUCCUCAAACCGGCAGGCUGUGCAUCCCUUCCUUCCCUAGCUUUGGCCAGGAUCCUGUGGACUACGGGCAUUAUGAGAGAGACCAACUCUCAGGGGAUGGCCUUUUGUCUACACUCUAUAAGAACCAGGCCCCUGACAAGUCAGAGGAUGAAAAUGAAAACUAUCUCGUGCAAUUUAUGGAGGAAUGGGGGUUACAUGUACAAAUGGAAUGCUAACCCCAGACUUUCUGUUGACUGACUUCUCCUGUGAUGGGCCAUGUGUCUGUCAACAAAUGAAUGUACAAUUCCAGUGAGUGAACCAUGGAAAUGAGUAGGUCAACCUGUGUUCCGGUUCCCCAGAGUCAGAAAUGACUUUCUUGUCUCUGCUAGUGUACUUGGUUGGCCCUGCUUCCUCCAGGUGAUUGGCUUCUACUGGAUCAUCUUCCUGAUCCACAGUGAAUUCUGAAACAGAAACUUUCUGGAAUACAGAGCUCUGAGCUUUGUUGUAGACAGAGUAAGCAUUUCCAGAUUAAAUGGGGACUUUCUACACGAAUGUGAACCAUGCUCAUGGUUUAUUAUUUUCUAACAAGUAUGUCUGUGCAGUUAUUUUCUUGAUUUUUACUGUACGUAUAUAACACUAUAAAAUGUUUCAUAAAAGUCA